AUGGCCGCCGCCACCGCCGCCGCGUCCUCGGAGGAGGCCGUCAAGGCGGCGAAGGUGCUGAUGGUCGGGGCGGGAGGCAUCGGCUGCGAGCUGAUGAAGACGCUCGCGCUCUCCGGAUUCAGCGACAUACACAUCAUUGAUUUGGAUACAAUUGAAGUUAGCAAUCUGAAUAGACAGUUUUUGUUUCGGCAGAGUCAUGUUGGGCAGUCAAAAGCUAAAGUUGCUCGGGAUGCUGUGUUGAAAUUUAGGCCAAAUAUCAAUAUAACACCAUACCAUGCAAACGUGAAGGAUUCUCAUUUCAAUGUUGAUUUCUUCAAGCAAUUUAAUGUUGUUCUGAAUGGUCUUGAUAACUUGGAUGCUAGACGCCAUGUUAACCGCCUUUGCCUUGCUGCUGAAGUUCCUUUGGUUGAAAGUGGCACUACUGGUUUUUUGGGACAGGUUACUGUUCAUGUCAAGGGUAAAACAGAGUGCUAUGAGUGUCAACCAAAGCCUGUCCCUAAAUCAUAUCCUGUCUGCACAAUUACAAGCACACCAUCAAAGUUUGUUCAUUGCAUCGUUUGGGCGAAAGACCUGCUUUUUGCAAAGCUAUUUGGUGAUAAAAACCAGGAUAAUGAUCUUAAUGUGCACUCGAAAGAUGAUACUAGUUCAAAAACAGAUGUUUUUGAAAGGAGUUUAGAUGAAGAUCUUGAGCAAUACGCCCAGAGAAUAUAUGACCACGUAUUUGGUUACAACAUUGAAGUUGCCUUGGAUAAUAAGGAAACUUGGAAGAAUCGGAGAAAGCCAAACCCAAUAUACAUUAGAGAUGCAUUGCCUGAAGGUGCUGUUCAGCAAAAUGGUCGUUCUCAGGAUAACAUGAAUGACGAGCAGGAUCCGUCUGCUAUGGUGUCCCUAGGCCUUAGGAAUUCACAAGAGAUAUGGAGUCUUGCUGACAAUUCAAGAGUGUUCGUGGAGGCUUUAAAAUUAUUUUUUGAGAAAAGAGAGAAGGAAAUAGGGAGCCUUAUUUUUGACAAGGAUGACCAAUUGGCUGUCGAGUUUGUUACUGCUGCAGCAAAUAUCAGAGCUUCCUCUUUUGGAAUACCACUGCAUAGCCUUUUCGAAGCUAAAGGUGUUGCUGGAAAUAUAGUUCAUGCUGUGGCAACUACUAAUGCUAUAAUAGCUGGUCUAAUCGUCAUCGAAGCAAUUAAAGUGCUCAAGGGUGAUUAUCAAGAUUAUAGAAUGACGUACUGUCUUGAGCAUCCAGCAAGGAAGAUGCUCUUGAUGCCUGUUGAGCCUUUUGAACCUAGUAAAUCAUGCUAUGUCUGCUCUGAGACCCCACUUGUGCUGGAGGUUAAUACUAAGACAACAAAGCUCCGGGAAGUUAUUGAAAAAGUUAUAAAAAGCAAACUUGGAAUGAACCUCCCUUUGAUAAUGGUUGGCACCACACUUGUUUUUGAGGAUGGUGAAGAUUUGGAGGGGGUUGAGAUUGCAAAUUAUGCUUUAAACCUCGAAAAGGUCUUGGCUGAACUUCCAGCUCCAGUUCUAAAUGGUACAACGCUUACGGUCGAGGAUUUGCAUCAGGAACUCAAAUGCAAUAUCAACAUCAAACACAGGGAUGAGUUCAAUGAAGAAAAGGAGCCUGACGGAAUGGUUCUUGCUGGGUGGUCUGGCCCAGUUGAUAAGCAAAUUACCAGUAAUGGUGAGAAUAGAUCAGUUCCAUCUUCAUCCAAUACAGAAGAUGUUGAUGGUACUGCUGAGGAUAUAUCAGCGAAGCCUGGAAUGAAGCGUAAGCUGAACGAAAUAUUAGAGGCAAAGGAGAAUUUUGAUGCUCUUGAAAAUCCUUCGGAUGUUGGAUCCAGCAGCGCUCAAGUUGUUGAAGACGACGACGACGACGAGCUUGUUAUGUUUGAUGAGGACCCAAGGCAAAGCAAGAAGAAGAGAUUGCAAUAG